CCAAGUCCCGGCGCUGCCCGCGGCUGCAGGCGGCGCGGCCUCUCACCGGGGCGCGGCCUCUCACCGGGGCGCACGGAGGCCGCCGGAGCGCUGGGGGGCCGAGACCACCAAUCCCAGGGCGCUUCGCGCGCGCAGUGCCAAGAAGGUGGGGCGGAGCGGCGCGCACGGCACCCUGGGAGGUGUUGUCUUCUGCUCCGGGAGCGCAGAGCUGCCCGAGGCGCACUCACUGGCACCUGAUUGGCUGUCCCGAGAAAGUGACAGGGCUACGCGGCCCAGGGCCGAGAGCGGCGAGGAGGCGGGCCAGCUGGGAUUUAGGCGCGAGCGGUUGAAAGUCGGUUGGUAUUAGUUUGGCCGCCGAGGUGCCGUCCCACCCCCAGCCCUCUCCAUGGCGGACCCGGAGGAGCUGCGGCUUUCCCCGCAGCCGCUGCCCUCCUCUGCCUCGUCUUCAGACGCGUCUUCAGCAUCUUCCCCCGGCACCCCGGGGGGUUUGGACCGGACGGUUCCGAACAGGAACAGCGGCCGGCCGGUGGACCCGCUGGAGGAGGUGGAGCUGCAGAUCGGAGACGCAGCAUUUUCAUUAACCAAACUUCUUGAAGCUGCAUCUGCAGUAUCAGCUCAAGUGGAAGAGCUUGCCUUCAAAUGUACAGAAAAUGCACGUUUCCUUAAAACAUGGCGGGACCUCUUGAAAGAAGGCUAUGAUUCCUUGAAGCCUGACAACUGAUUUGACUGUAAUAAUCCAUACCACCUCAUUUAUGAUGUGUGCACAUGUACCGUGUGGAUAGGAUAACCACCAGCAGUUCUGUAUACAGAAGAUGAAAUUUUUCUUGGUUUUCUUCAUUUUGUGAAAACAGAAUAUGAUGUUAUUUUUGAUGCUGCCCGUUUAUCUUUAAACAUUUUCUGUUCUCUAAACUUUCAAAGAUUCUUCUAUGGAAGUUAAUUUAAUCAGUAGAUAAUAUUAAUAAUGCCACAGUGCUACCAGUAGCAGGUGGACCAUUAUUCUCUUCAGUUUGCAAGAAGAUACCAAAAAUUGCAGAGUUUGAAGUCGAGCUUUAUUAUAUGGACCAAUGUUAGAUUCAGCUCCAUUAGGCUAAGUUCCCUAGAACCAAUGAUUGUGUCUUAUUACUUAUAUAUGUCCAGCAGCUAGAAGUCUGUUACACAACAAUCACUAAAUGUUUGAUGAAUAAGAGUUGACAACAUAAUUAAAAUCUGUUUUUUCUUCCUAUUUUUAGCAUAAAGAUUAUAAUUGUUUCUCGAAAAGAUAUUUGAGUCAGAACCUCAUUGACCUGAAGGAAAAUAUUAUCUUUUUUUUUUUAAACAGGAUUUUGAACUUUAACUGUUGACAGCUUUUUAUAAUAUAUGAUAAAUAUUUUUCACCCUUCUAUGAUGCUUUCCAAAAAAGCGUUUACUGAAACCUGUCUUGAAAGAAUGCCUAUUUUUUUUCCUAAGGUUAACUGCUUUUAUGGAUAUUUCUCAUAUUUGAUGUUGUUAUAUGUUUGCUCUCUUUAAAGUGCCUUAUCAAAAUUGUGGCUCUGUAUUAUUUUGGAGCUUGGCAAGUAAUAAUUCUAAAUAUAAUAAUUCUAAACAAGUUACUUUUUUUUUUUUUUUUUUUUUGCGGUACGCAGGCCUCUCACUGUCGUGGCCUCUCCCAUUGCGGAGCACAGGCUCCGGACGCGCAGGCUCAGCGGCCAUGGCUCACGGGCCCAGCCAUUCCGCGGCAUGUGGGAUCCUCCCAGACUGGGGCACGAACCCGCGUUCCCUGCAUCGGCAGGCGGACUCUUAACCACUGAGCCACCAGGGAAGCCCUAAACAAGUUACUUUUUAAAAAUGCAUCAAAUUUAAAUGGUGUAAUUAUUUUCCUAUUAUUCGAUCUUCAUGACAGUGUUCUAUUUCACUUGUCCCGUAUCUUACGUUGCGCUCCCUCUCUCUCUCUUUCUCUUUUUUGGUGGGUUUGUGUCGUAUAUGUCAGUGAUUGAACCAACUAAUUCUCUUGCUGUGUAACUUCUGGAUGCCUCUGAUACAGUAUAUUACUUCUCUGUAGGUAAGGAGGUAUGUACGGAACUAUAUUCCCAAGCCCCACAAUGGGCCUGUGAAAGGGGACACAUGGAUGGGCAAAGGAUAGUUUUGUUUAGCAUAUUAGGUCAUGGUUCUUGAUUAAUUUUUUUAAGUUAAGGAUAACACAUAUGGUGUGUUCCUAUACCAAAGAGAUGCUUGUUCUGAUAUUAGAAAACUGUUUUUCUUAUGUGUCAUGAAAAUUGCAAUUUUUAAAAUGUACAAAAAUAAACUUUUGUUCAAACCAAA